AUGGCGAUCGGCCAUGUGAUAUUUUACAAACAAUUAAAAAGCACACUAACACCACUCGCCAUCCAACCAACACCACCCACCACCACCACCACCCGUCACCACAAUCCAUCACUAACCACCACCACCAACUACCACCCACCAACCAUCACUACCAACCACCACCCGCCACCACCAUCACCAUCCACCUCCACUGCCUACCGCCACCACCAUCACCACACACCACCAUCACCCCCACCCACCUCUACUGUCUGCCACCACCGCUCACAACCCCUACCUACCACCCAUCACCACCACCAUCACUACCAACCACCACUAACCACCGCCCCGACCACCACCCAUCACUAA